UUGAGGAUUGCGGAUAUUUAUACAUGUAUGUAUACAUAGUUGACAAUGUUGUUAAAGGUAGAUAAAAGUUUAUUAAUGUUGUCAAUGUACAUUUGUAGGUUGUACUUUAUAAUGGCACCAAAGAGGAACUUGCGACGUCAACCGAAGAAGGGAGUUAAGAAGGUGGAAAGUAAGAGACGCGGUGGUAGCACAGCAGCAGCACCCGACUCUAAGCGUCAACGUACUACUAGGCAGAAAUCCAAAUCUGAGACGGAAAGCACCAAACUUCGAGGGCACGUUCCACUUUCCUCUCCCCCAUCUGAUAUGCCCAUCGAUGCUCCAAAGGAACGGAUGUUGCAGGAUGCCGAUAUAGAUAAAGGAUGCUGUUAG